CCCCGAUUUUCUUCAGUUGUCUCGCCCUGUUUCUUAUGUAUCAGAAUCUCCAUUUCGUCAACAAAUGUUAUUGAUUUUGUUUAAACGGCGCAAAGCUAAUUCCAUCGCAUGUAAUUCCGGAUUGAAUGAUGCCUAAUUCCAAAAACACCAGUUCUGACCCCAAAAACAGCGCGGAUUCGAAAAGCAACGAUUCUGCUUCGAAGAACCACGCCGCUGAUUCAAAAAACAACCAUGCUGAUCAGAAAAAUCACACUUCUGCUCCCAAAAACCAUGCUGAUCUGACGAAAAGCAGUUCUACUUGCAGGAAAGAUAAUAUCGAGUGGAAAAACAGGAUCGAUUCCAUAAAUAACGCUGAUGCCCCUCCUCUUCAGGGAGAUGGUGGUGGUGGUAACUUCCCUCCUCCGUCAGGGGCAACUCAAUCCUUGGAGAACCAAAGUCCACGUAAUGGCAACAAGGUUUACAAGAGCGGACCACUGUUUCUAUCAUCAAAAGGGAUUGGCUGGACCUCAUGGAAGAAAAGGUGGUUUAUUCUGACAGAAACCUCAUUGGUGUUCUUCAGAAGUGAUCCAAAUGCUAGUUCUGAAAAGGGAGGUGAGUCAAAUCUGACCCUUGGUGGCAUAGACCUCAACAGUUCAGGCAGUGUGGUUGUGAAAGCAGAUAAGAAACUCUUAACAGUGCUAUUCCCAGAUGGCCGUGAUGGGAGAUCAUUUACUCUUAAGGCUGAAACUUUAGAGGAUUUACAUGAGUGGAAGACUGCAUUGGAGGAAGCUUUAGCAAAUGCACCUACUGCUGGAACUGGAAUUGGACAAAAUGGGAUAACAAAAAACGACAAGGGUGACAAUGCUGAUGGCUCUCAUGAACAAUCAAAAGAUCGUUCCCCUGCAAAAUCUCUUGUCCUUGGUAGGCCUGUCUUGCUUGCAUUGGAAGAUAUAGAUGGGACUCCAUCUUUCUUGGAGAAAGCCCUUAGAUAUGUAGAAGAGCAUGGAAUUGAAGUAGAAGGAAUCUUGCGACAGGCUGCAGAUGUAGAACUUGUUGAACGCCGCAUUCAAGAAUAUGAACAGGGAAAAACAGAGUUCACUGCAGAGGAGGAUGGACAUGUUAUAGGAGACUGUAUCAAGUAUGUUCUUCGGGAGUUACCAUCAUCUCCAGUUCCAGCAUCUUGCUGCAAAGCUUUGCUACAAGCAUAUAGAACUGAUCGCUCCACAAGAGUCUCUAGCAUGCGUGCAGCUAUAUGCGACACUUUUCCUGAACCAAAUCGUCGUCUGUUACAAAGAAUCUUGAUAACAAUGGAAGCUGUUGCUGAAAACAAAGAAGUGAACCGAAUGAGUGUGCCAGCUGUCGCUGCGUGUAUGUCACCACUUCUUCUUAGACCCCUUUUGGCUGGUGAAGUGGAGCUUGAAAAUGAGUUCAAUAUGGGUGGUGAUGGAUCUGCUCAGCUUAUGCAAGCAGCUGCAGCAGCUAAUCAUGCACAAGCCAUCAUUAUCACCCUUCUAGAAGAAUACGACAAUAUAUUCGGGGAAGGAGACAUGCUAUCUGAUCUAUACUCUGACUCAGAUGAGAGUGGAAGUGAAAGCGAAGAACUUAGUGAUGAAGAUGAUGAUGGUGAUGGUGAUUAUUCAUCUGAGGGUUCUCGUACAGAUGAAGAUUCUGAACAUGCAUCAAGUAGUUGUAGCGAGUCUGGAGAGGCUGACACCUGUCAACGUGACAGAAAGGGAAAGAAGAAAACAGCCAUUGAUAACAUAGAUGUGAUAGUUGAAGAAAGGGAUGAAAUCUUCAGGCUUGAGGCACUUAAAACUGAUUUGAUAAAGAAAGUUGAAGCGGAGACAAAACACAAUUCAAUUCUGAAAGAGGAAUUGUUGAGCAAAAAGGAUGCUUUAGGUGAUCGUCAUCAAGCUCUUGAACACGAGGUGGCAACAUUAAAGGAACAGUUGCAGAGGGAAAGAGAGUUGAGGAAAGUGCUUGAGGCAGGACUCACAAUGUCAAAGAAGAUCCUACCCUUACCAGGCUCCAUUGAUGAAAAGACCAAGGCAGAUCUUGAGGAUAUAACCCAAGCAGAAGCAGAAGUCAUGAGUUUACAACAAAAACUUGAUGAUCUUGAAAUGCAGUUACAUCGUGGACAAGGAAAAACAAAAGAUAAAGAAAAGAGUCGUGACAUUUCCAGUAGUUCACGUAAGAUUAAGGAUAAACAGUCGAGCAAAGAGCGCCAUGAGAAACCUCCUUUCCACUCUUUUUCAAGUAAAUUUAAUCCAAACGAAUCGACACGCAAACGGGAACCCAAUAUGACCAAGUCGAAUUCAAUCACUGUCAAAAGAUCUGAAUCAAGGGGUGAGGCAGCUAAUAAUACAAACUCAGCACUGUCAAAAAUAACAAACAGGCUCAGCUUUUUGAAAGAAAAACGCAGCCAAAUAACAAAUGAGCUGGAGACUACUACAGAUAAAGAUAAAGAAUCUGACGACGAGUCAUCACUAGAUAAUAACCAAUAAUAAUUAGGGAAGAAUUUAUUUUAGAACCAGACCAAAGGUUAAAGAAAGAAAGCCCAACAACACAGAUAAAAAAAAAGUUUUACACCAUAUGCUUAUCCUUAUGCUUAUGCUUGGGUUGUACUUUGCUAUUACUUGUUUAUGCCAUAGCUCGUGUAAGGAACCCAUGAUUCAACUUAAAGCUAUGGCUGCUGCUUUGAAGACACUACCAACAUCUAGAGAUGGUUGGUCAAAGUUUAUAAUUUGUUUCCGUAGUUAUCGUGUCAGGACUGUUCUUGUAAUUAUUAGUUAUUUUUUCCUUUUCUUUUUUGUAAUUGCAAUUGCAACACAUAAUUUUUUACCAUUUUUAUG